AUGGCUGCAGGCACUCGCUCUUCAGUCCGGUUUUGGAGUGAAUUUGAUCUACCACGUUUAAAGGAGGAACUGGACGUCACGGCCACAGAACUGGUGGACAGACAAGACGCGAGCGAUGCAGCCAGGUGCCGGCUCGUGCAACUCUGCCGGGAAUUCAAGAAGACAGCGCCCCAUGACGUUCGGUGCCUGGUGUCUCCGCUGCUGAGGCACUUCCAGGCCGAAGUGGAUCGCCUGGGAGAGCGUAGCCUGGCUGCCGAGGCCGCCUUCCUGGCGCUCUACAAGAGGCUGCUGCGCGCCGUCUCCGCCGCCCACUCAGGUCAGUCGGUUCUUGCACCUUUUCUCGCCGAUGAUGUCGUGGAGAGCUACGAUGUAAAUGUCAUGCGCUCAGUGUGA